AUGCCGCGAGUCAUGCGACCUGAGUUGCCGCUCAGAAAGCCUCGAAGCCGCGUGAAGGACGGACCGGCCUUCGUGUUCGUGGAUACCGCCGGCGCUCCCUCGACUGGGCCUGAAAAGAAUGAUGCAAAGACUAUCGUCCGGCGGCAGGCUGCAAGAUCAGGCCGCACCCGUCGCCAGGAUGAAAGCGCGAACCAGGAAAACAUCGCCACGCUGCCGGAUUCUCGGGAGUUGAUACCCGCAAGAAAGAGCGCUCCAGGCGUAACUUCUCCUGCCAAGGAUAGGUAUGGCAUGUGGAAGAGGAAUACUCUGCGUGACGUCUCAAGUCUCGGACCUAUGUCGCAGCCCUUGUCCAGUGGAUACGAGACAUUCAGGCUUAGCUAUAAUUUCGAUAUAACGGAUCUGACCAGUUUUACGGAUGUGGACCUUGCCACAAAUGCUUACCGUCUGCUGCGAGAUGAGCCAAAUCGCCUCGUUAGCCUUCUCCAGAAACGGUACUCAUCUUUUUUGGCCUAUCUGCCAAGCCGCUAUGGCUCUAGCACUUGUCUGGAUGAUGCUAUGCAUUGUGUUGCUGCAAGGGCGGGUCAAAUGCUUGGCUUCCCGAUGCAAAAGUCUACGCCCUCUAUUCUCUAUGGAAAGGCAUUGAAUAGCCUACAAAUUGCCAUUUGGGACGGUGCAGAAUGCACAGGGUCAGACAUCUACUGCGUAACGCGGCUUAUGGUACUGUACGAGUUAAUCGGCCCUCCUGAUACAACUCGCCUGGCCCAUCAUCACAGGGGUGGCAUCAGGCUAGUUGAGCUUCGAGGGCCUGGAUGCUAUACAUCCAAAUUCGACUGGAUGCUUCUCAAAAGCCAAGGUCCAUCCAUUAUAAUAGACGAGAUGUACAGGAAGGAAUCGUCAAUGUUUGAGGCCCAAGAGUGGCAACGUGUCUUCCAACGUGCCUCUGAUCUCCAAUCGGACACGGACUGCCGCCUCUGGUGGAAAUUCUUUGGAACAACAGGCUUCCUGCCAGGUAUCCUGAAGGAUCUACGGAACCUUCUCGAAGAUGCACCACAUCGAUGCGGGUACUCUGUACGGAGUUCAGCUAUUCUUGAGCGAGCAAGAAGUAUGCAUAAGGCGCUGCACAAUGACCACGUUAUUUACCAACAUGCAGCACCACACCCACAGUCACUUUUCAACCUUCCUGUCUCGGCCGAGUCACCCAAUCGCAUCAGGCUUCGCGUAUUCUUUCUAUAUACUAUGAUGUAUAUAUGCCGUGUUCUGGCGACCCUUUCUCCGAGCGAGAUAGAGCGGGCCACUAGUGAGGUUGAAGCACAAACUUUCGCAAGUCAGACGUUGCUCAUCGAAGAGGUGACCACCGAGCUAGAUCCAGCUAUGGCCUGGCAUCUACAGCAGAGGAAUGGCUUAGCCCAUUCCAUUAUACAAAAGAAAGAAGAAUGGUUUUCCGAUAAUGAGCAUGGAAUGUCUCGGGAUAAGCUGAAAAGCUUUCUUGCACAACGGUGGCUGAAGUGGGAGAAUUCAUGGAGAGCCAGAGUUUUGGCCGAAGAAUUAGGAGAAGAUAGGAUUUGA